AUGUGUAGAGUCUCACUAGUAGCAGUCAGAAUCAGAACUACCAGACUUUCCAAUUCCAACUCUAAUCGAUGUCGUACUUUACCAAUGGCAACACCCAUUUCUCUAUCUCGUUCUCGGAGAAGACUAACAAUCAGAGCAACAGAGACAGAUGCAAACGAAGCAGUUAAAGCAAAGGCACCGGAGAAAGCGCCCGCUGCAAGUGGAUCGGGUUUUAAUCAAAUUCUUGGCAUCAAAGGAGCUAAACAAGAAACUGAUAUGUGGAAGAUCCGUGUUCAACUUACAAAGCCUGUAACUUGGCCUCCAUUAAUUUGGGGAGUAGUCUGUGGAGCUGCUGCUUCUGGUAACUUCCACUGGACUGUGGAAGAUGUUGCUAAAUCAAUUGUUUGCAUGAUGAUGUCCGGCCCAUUUCUAACGGGUUACACACAGACAAUCAAUGAUUGGUAUGAUAGAGAUAUCGAUGCUAUUAAUGAACCUUAUCGCCCAAUUCCUUCGGGAGCCAUAUCUGAACAAGAGGUCAUUACUCAAGUUUGGGUACUUCUUUUGGGAGGCCUUGUUCUGGCUGGGAUAUUAGAUGUGUGGGCAGGGCAUGAUUUCCCUAUAAUGUUCUAUCUUGCUUUGGGUGGAUCCUUUAUAUCUUAUAUCUACUCAGCUCCACCUUUAAAGCUCAAACAAAAUGGAUGGCUUGGGAACUUUGCACUAGGAGCCAGCUAUAUUAGCUUACCAUGGUGGGCUGGUCAAGCAUUGUUUGGAACACUUACACCUGACAUAAUAGUUCUCACACUAUUGUAUAGCAUUGCUGGGCUUGGUAUUGCGAUAGUAAAUGACUUUAAAAGUGUCGAAGGAGACAGAAAAAUGGGGCUUCAGUCCCUUCCGGUGGCUUUUGGUGAGGAGACAGCUAAAUGGAUAUGUGUUGGUGCCAUAGACAUAACUCAACUCUCAAUAGCAGGUUACCUUUUAGGAGCUGGUAAACCAUAUUACGCUUUAGCCCUUCUCGGGUUAAUUGCUCCACAAGUCUUUUUUCAGUUCAAGUACUUUCUCAAAGAUCCGGUGAAAUAUGAUGUCAAAUAUCAGGCAAGUGCUCAACCAUUUCUGAUUCUUGGUCUUUUGGUGACUGCUUUAGCUACUAGUCAUUGAUAUACAUUUUCUAAAAUGCAAUAAAAUUACUAGAAAAUUUGCAUAAAGACAAAGGUUGAUAGUUUUGUAGCAUUAUUUUUAAGUAAUUGUUCCCGAUUUUGUUUUACUCCUUUUUGUAUUCUUUUUAAAAAAAUUCCCUUAGUUUUAUGUUAUGUCACGCUCAAUGGUUUUCUACAAGUGACAUGGGAUGAUGAUUGUUGUAAAUAUAGGAUUAUUUGGCGAUAAA